AUGAGCGCACCUGCAACCAGCCACCGCUGGGCAUCAAUUCACCCCAAGAAAGACCCUAUGAUCCCUGCGGUGCCCAUCGGCACCCAGAUCGUCUUCUACGAGGACAGGAAUUUCCAGGGUCGCUCUUAUGAGUGCAACUCUGAUUCCUCUGACUUGUCUUCAUACUUUAAUCAUUGUAACUCCAUCCGAGUGGAGAAUGGAAACUGGAUCCUGUAUGAACAUCCCAACUACAGAGGACACCAGUACUUUUUGAGGAAAGGAGAAUAUCCUGACUUCCAGCAAUGGUUGGGAUACAAUGACUCUAUCAGGUCCUGCCGACUCACCCCACAGCACCGUGGACCCUUCAGGUUAAAUGUUUAUGAAAGAGAAGACUUUAAAGGACAGAUGAUGGAGUUCACUGAAGAUUGUCCUCACGUUUUUGAGCAAUUCCGCUACAAUGACAUCAACUCCUGCCAUGUACAUGAUGGAUACUGGAUGUUCUAUGAAGAGCCCAACUACAGAGGACGUCAAUAUUACCUGAGACCUGGGGAGUACAGGAAAUACAGUGACUGGGGAGCUUCUAACUCAAGAAUUGGUUCUUUUAGACGUGUCCAGCAUCAGUAUUGA